GCAUAUAUGAUAAACAGAGAGUAGCAGAGUGGUUGGGAGGGGCACACAAUGCAGAUAGUCCGGGUAGCCAUUUGAUGACCUGUUCAGGAGUUUUAUGGCUUGGGGGUAAAAACUGUUGAGAAGCCUUUUUGUCCUAGACUUGGUACUCCCAAGUACGAAACGCUCUGAAUUUACGAACGGAAAAUCUGACAAAGUUCUGAAUUUACGAGCGAACUCUGGCACUCCAGAUGGAAUUUAAUAACGCACCCAAAUUCGUAAAAUGUCUAACUAGUAAUUUGUCAUGGUUGCAUAGCAACAGCAUCAACUUCUGGUAGACACGCGAAGAACUCAACAGGAAACAAUGGGAAGACCUGAGUUCCAUGAUAGCCUGAGCAGAAACGAAACUUCUUCUUAGCCAAAAGGACGAGAAGGAUACUGUUCGUUUACAGUAUGCUAAAAUGAACUAAUAGUAUAUACUCAUUAAGUAUGUAGUACACAGUAUGUUAGUAUGGGUUUUCGAACACAGCCUUGGUGCUUGCCCCAGUUUACUCUAUUUACAAAACGCCGACAAUGUGCAUUGUCCUGGGCUGCAAACCACCAGUUUCCACACGUUUCCAAAAGACUACAUCGUAUUCCGAAAAUUGGUGAGAUUCGCCUCCUUACACGAGAAUGGCGUGUUGAACGGCACUCGGAUACGCGAGGCUCAUUUCAGCAAAGAAUGUUUUCGACUCCAUACACCGAGAAAGUGAUUGUUGUGGGAUGACGCGGUUCCCACGAUUUGUCCCAGCGAUAGCCCGAGCAGAACCGAUACUUCUUCACUUUAUGUUAACCAAAAUGACGAGAAGAAGCAACACAGACCGAACCAAGAAGUUCAGGAUAGACCACGCGUGGAUUAUUCUGUUAUCCAGAACAGCAGGGACCCGAAACGUGAGCUCCAGUCAAUGGAUGCCGUGGUGGAGGCUAAGGAGUCAGAGACAGCCAUGACGGGGUUUAAGGAGUCAACGGAAGCCACAAUGGACGUUAAGGAGUCAAUUUCAGCCGCCAUGGACGUGAAGGAGUCCAUGCCAGUCAUGAUUGAAGUUAAUGAGUCAGAGUCAAAAGAAGCUGUUGUGGACAUUAAGGAGUCACAGGGAGCUGUUAUGGAACUCAAGAGGCAGUCUUCCUCCUCUGGCAGCCAGGGGCGGGACAGAGACCGGGAGUCGGACAGCUAUCUCCAGCACCUCCAGUGUCCCCACUGUCUGCUCCAGUGUAAGAGCCACUGCAGCUACCUCAUCCACAUCGCUAAGAUCCAUCCAAGCCGCUUGGAUGACACGCCUGUGGGUCGCCUGGGCAACGCCAUCUUCUACCAGCGCACAGCACGGCUGUUCCACUGCAGCUUGUGUUUCCACACGGCCAGGGAGUUCCCUCGCCUCUACGACCACCUGCUCACCUGCCACUGCCUCUCUGGGAAGGGCCAGGGUGAGGAGGGAGAAGGGGAUGAGCGUAGGGGGGAGGGGGGAGAAGAACAGGAAGGUAUCAGUGUAGACGUGCUUUCAAAAGACAGUAGUCAUCCUCCCAGUGAGCCCAAGGCAGAAGAGGAGGAUGAGGACAAAGGAGGUGUGAAGCAAGAGGAGGAAGGUAGGAAAAGAGGACUAGAGGAGAUGGAGGGAGGCGAGGACAAUGAAGAGGACUCCCGCUCAGCCGGCAGCCCCAUGAAACGAAAAAUAAGCCCUACGGCAGGCAGUGAGGAAGAUGAUCAUGAUGAAGAGGAAGAGGAGCUACAGACCAACAACAACAAAAAAAGUGACAAACACAAAAAGCAGGAAGAGGCCUUCCUGACCAAAUAUAUCCAGCGCCAGGGGGGUCGCUACAACUGUCGCCUGUGUGGCAAGCGCUCCAAGAUGAAGGGCCAUGCCAUCCACCACGUGAGCUACAAGCACGACGUGCCCAAACCUUACUGCUGUAAAGAGUGUAGCAAGGCCUUCAUACUAGAGUAUUCGCUACUCAACCAUAUCUACCACAACCACAGACAGGGCAUGUACCGCUGUCUCUUCUGCCCCUUCAGCUCUGACGUGGUGUGGGGCAUAAAACGUCAUGGCAACCGCUGCAAUGCCCGAAGCGGGGAGGGGGAGGAGGGGGAGGGCAGCAAUGGAGAAGAGUGAUUGGUUAAUGGUUGCUAACACAUACUGUACCUUCGUAAUCAGGAGAAGGGACUUCAGGCCUACAUUAUCUAAGUUCUAGAAUCUCUUUGCAUUGUGCAUCUACUUGGCUAGUAACCCUAGGUACAGUAGAUUCCACUGUCACAGAGGUGUAGAUUCUCAGUGAAGUAUGUAUUUACUUCCUCUGUACACACAGUGAUGAAGAAUGAGGUACUUUGUCAUUCUGUAGACUUUUCCUGAUAUACUGGAGCUGAUGGACUCAAAUGUAGAAUAUGUACUUUGUGAACUCAAAAAACAGCAUUAAUAUGUACAUGACAGCUGUUGAUGACUCAUAAUGCUACACAAUGAAACUAUCAAACUGACAAAAACAUGUUUUUUGUGUGUUUUUUACCUGCCUUUGUAUUGUCUUUAUUACAUGGGAUGUGUUUGUCUCUUUGAAAACAAUACAAUAAAAAUAAUACAUCAAUUUUA